UUGUUUCAUUCUCAGAUCUUACUGCUUAGCAAGAGCUCAUUGUCAAAGUUUUCAGCGGGGCGUGUGAUCGACCUGCUGUCAAAUGAUGUUCAGCGGAUGGAGACAGCACCUAAAUGGAUUUUAGCAAUAAAUUCAGCCAUACUCCAAAUUGUGCCUGCAACGUUUAUAAUCGCGUAUCUGAUUGGCUGGCAGGCUCUUAUGGGAGAGAUAUUUCUCUGGCUUCUUCUACCGUAUUACGCAGAGAUGUCUUCUGUCAAUGCCGCACUGCGUCUGCGUUCAGCGGCGGAAACUGAUAUGCGAAUUUCUUUGACGAAUCAAGUGGUUUCUGGGAUACGUGCUAUCAAAGCGCGUGCGUGGGAGGAUGAAUUCAGAGAAAAAAUAAAACACACACGAAAGUAAGGGAAAUUUACAAACCUAUUUAAUUUUUUCAGAUAACAGCAGAACAUCUUCGCACCGAUACGAAGGGAUAGUAUUAGUUUACUAGCGUGAUAACUCAUGCAAGAUUUUGGGAGAACACUCCAAGAGUUUAUAAUUCACAAACUUAACAUUUAUGGGUGGCGAGGGUGGCUGUGAGGAAGGUUGGAGGUCAUAUUUAGGAAUCAUUUGUGAUCAUGGUGAUGUACAGUUUAUUGUGCUUUGCUUAUUGUAAAAUGUGUUCAGUUUUCAUUGAGUUUUUGGGUGUAAUAAACGAUAGGUAUCUGAACAACCACUGCAAUAAUUAUGAGUGCUGAGUGAAGAGUGAAGACUGCAGAGUGCAGAGUUUCUGAUCAGUACCUUCAUUUUGUCCAAAAAUGAUAACAACAAAUCUUUUUGUUUCUUUCAGACGAGAAAUAAGCAUCAUCCGUAAGAAAAGUGCCAUUCUCUCAGGUUUGGCUGCCUUGGAGUAUACUUCAAUACCAAUCCUGCUGUCUGUUAUUACUCUGAUGCUUACUGGUCAAUCCCUGGCACCAGUGAAUGUUUUUAUGCUCUUAAUGUUUAUUAAUUUGCUAAGACUUCGAAUUUGCUUUGGCAUUGCGUAUGGUGUGGUGGAGACACGGGAAUCAUUUGCAUCACUCGGAAGAAUAGAAGAUUUUCUUAUUUCAGAGGAUUUGUUUUCCACCUCUGAGGAUCAUUGUCUACAAGGCAGAGGAACAGCUGAAGAGAGUAAGUCGGGCAAGUUACAAAACGAUUCUACAUCUAUGAGCCAGUCGCAUGUAUCAGAUGAAAAUCCCCUUACUGAUCAGUGGAUAAACCCUUCUAAGCCAGGAACUUUAUGUGUGUCGCAUUUAACAUAUAAAGAAGUGGCGAGGAAAGAUGAAUUUAUUCUUCAAGAUGUGGGCUUCAUUGCUGCAUCAGGAAGCUUGACAGUUGUCACCGGACCAGUAGGCAGCGGUAAAUCAACUCUCCUCUCAGCGAUCGCUGGCGAGAUAUCAGACGUAGGCGGAACAAUAAACCGUCAAGGAACUUUUGUGUAUGCACCGCAAAUAGCCUGGGUGUUCUCUGGAACAUUAAGAGAAAAUAUUUUAUUUGGAGAGUCGUGCGAUGAACCAAGAUACACCAGAAUAAUCGAGGCAUGCGCCCUCACAGAAGACUUUCAGCAGUUUCCGAAGGGUGACCAAACCGUUGUUGGUGAGCGCGGUGCCGUUCUGAGUGGUGGUCAGCGUGCAAGAGUAAGCUUAGCACGCGCAGUGUACGUGGAUGCAGACCUUUACUUGUUGGAUGACCCUCUCAGCGCGGUGGACUUCAAAGUUGGUCGGCAUAUCUUUGAAAAGUGUAUCAAGGGUUUGCUUGGUGAGAAGACCCGCCUGUUAACUUCUCAUCAAGAACAACAUAUGAAAGAUGCAGACCGAGUGAUUGUACUGCACAAAGGUCGCAUUCUGGGGAAGGGAACCUUCGCUGAGCUUCAAGGAAAAGGCAUCUUAAAUACCACCAUCGACCCACUUUACAAGAAUGCUUCGACAGAGAACAAGUCUAAUGACAUGGUCACCGCAAGGGAGGAUGAAGAGAGACGCAGAGAUUUAAAGCCACUUACAAAGAAAGACAAUGAACUGGAAAUAUCUGUUGAAGAUCGGGCAAUCGGAACGGUGUCAAGUAAGCUUUAUUGGGACUACUUCAGAAGUGGUAUUCACUCCAUCUUCAUCAUUGGAAUGAUUUUCUUGUGCCUUAUUUCUCAAGGUGAGCACUAAAGAAUUAUAAAAGUGGCAAAAACUCAGCCAUUGUUCGGUGCUGUCGAAUGACAUUUUCUCUCGGGGCGAACGAGCAAGCAAGCAACCAAGUCAGAAACUCCAACCCAGUUUGUUUUUGUCUUGAAGGAGCAAGAGGAAACUGGGACUGACGGAAAAAGGUGUGCAGAGGGUGAUGGGAGAUUCAUGUUAAGACUAACAACCAAUCCGCCAUUUAUGAGAGAGAGGUUGAUGUCUUUUAAACCUGAGUUAAAAACUGUUUAUUUCACCUGAUUUAGACUGUUACGUAGAUUAUGAAGAAAAUUGUUUCACUUUUGCGUAUUUUUAUCAUUCACCAUAUUUUUUCGCCCUUUUUUAGCAUCGAUGGUUGCCCCUGACGUGUGGCUGUCCUUUUUGACCAGAAAACUUCCAUCAGAACAGAAAGACAAGACAAAUCUAACUAUCUACGGUGGUUUGGUCGCUGCUUCCUUCAUAUUGGGCAUUAUCAGGGCCUACAUUUUCUUUUUGGUUUGUCUAAGAAGCUCUGAGCGUCUUCAUGACAAAAUGGUUGUGGCUCUUUUAAAAGCGCCGGUUCUUUUUUUCGAUUCAAAUCCUGUGGGUAGAAUCCUGAAUCGAUUCUCUAAAGAUGUGGGUAGCAUGGAUGAGUUAUUACCAUUACAGUUUCUAGCUUCAAUUCAGUUGGUAUUGCUGUUGCUCUCAUCAGUUAUCGUUCCUUCUGCUACAAAUCCUUGGGUUUUGUUUGUUACCGUUCCAGUGACGGCCAUGAUUCUUUACUUUGCAAGAUUUUACUUGAAGAGUUCCAGAGAACUAAAAAGGUUGGAGUCAAUAUGUCGAAGCCCAGUCUUCUCUCACGUAUCAGAGACUCUUGAUGGACUGGACACAAUUCAAACAAGAGGUAGACAGAGAGAUUUUAUGGACAAAUUUCACAAGUAAGUUCGUGCAACUUUCCAAGUGAGCUGGGAAAGUAAAAUCUCAAACUCAAUUCAGGCUCGAGACGCAAAACUUUCACAGUGCAGGGGUUGUGUUUGGCAUCUCGAAUCAUCAUCCGUAAAAGCCCCUAUCUCCUUCCUCCUUCCUUCCAUCAUAGCCUCUCCCCCCCCUCCCUCCCCCCUCCACCUUCCUCUUACAACGCUUUAAAAAUUGUAGACAUGGAAUGCUUGGUUGAUUGGGGCACUGGAUUCGGUAUUCAGUCCCAGCCUCAAAUUCGCCCCUCUACCUGAUAACUUUUUUUCCUCGGCGGUCUCGUGCUUACUAUUCUGCUACGUCGUUUUUUUUCCAAUUUACAUUUCGUUUACAAAAUUUCGUUCAUCAUGGUGAUGGCACCCUUUGCGCAACGCUUAAAGAACUUGCUGCGCAGAUUUGGCAUUUGAACUCGAGAUGAUUUACUUUAAUUUUUUCUUUCCCUACGGACAGUUACCAAGACACUCACACCCAGUCCUUUAUCAUGGUGACGGCGAGUGGCAGAUGGUUCGGUGUUCGUCUGGAUGCAAUAAUUUCUCUUUUAAUUGGCUUGGUUGUCUUAGUGGCAGUUUUAGUAUCUCAAGAUGCCGGUAUGUAAAGUUCUAACCAAAGUAACUGCACCGUUACUCGCUCAUGUACAUCCAAAAGCUGCGAUAUUCCAUGUGAUAAUUCUGUGUAAAGAAUCUUUCCAUGUGUAGCGGGGAGACAAAAACAAGUCGUUGUAGCCCAUUUCAUCACUAUCUUUAUGAGGACGAACUGAGACUAGUUUAAUUUUAAAAAAAUUUUUUUUAAAGUAAUUUAGUCUAUCACACGAGUAGCGUCGCGGUAGCAGGUAACCGCGACGUGCUGUGUCGUAUCGAGUCGUGCAUAGUUUUACCGUUAAAUUUUUGGUAAUUUUUUCUGCGUGACUUGAAGGAAAUCAACAGUUAAUUUACAGAUUUUUUUUCUAUUUAGCUUCCACUGGGCUUUCUCUCGCUUACCUCAUUCAAACAGUGACCCUGACGCAAUACGCCGUCAGAAAAUCAUCAGAUGUCGAGAAUUUUAUGACUUCGGUUGAACGAAUUAUUACCUACACCAAGCUUGACGCUGAGCCUGGAUACCAAGUGGACACACUUCCCCCGGAACACUGGCCAUGCGAAGGAAAUAUCACAUUCCGCGAUGUGUCGAUGACGUAUUACCCAGGAGGGCCUAAAGCGCUGAGGAACAUCAGUCUUGACAUCAAAGGAGGCUCAAACAUAGGUGUUGCAGGCCGCACGGGCGCCGGCAAAUCAUCUUUUGUCGCAGCUCUUUUGCGCAUGCCCGACCCCGACGGAGAGAUUUUGGUGGACGGAAUUCAGAUAAAGAAUAUCAAUCUCCGAGCAGCUCGCGGAUGCAUCUCCGCUCUUGGCCAAACUCCGGUGCUUUUCAGUGGAUCAUUGAGGAAGAACUUGGAUAUUAUGAAGCGCUUCCAAGAUGCAGAUCUGUGGCGAGUCUUAGAGGAUGUGCAACUGAAAGAUUUCGUACAAAGUCUUGAGGGACAAUUGGAUUACGAAUUGUUGGAAAAUGGAGCAAAUGUCAGUGUGGGAGAACGGCAGUUGAUUUGUUUGGCUCGUGUUCUGUUGCAGCAGAACAAGAUCAUCAUCUUGGAUGAACCCACUGCACACGUGGAUCCAGGGACAGAAGAAACAAUCUGGAGAGUGGUGCGAGAGAAACUGAAAGACUCCACAGUAAUAACUAUAGCUCACCGUCUGAACACCAUCCGACACUGUGACAAAGUUUUUGUUUUCAAGGAGGGAGGGGUGUUCGAGUCUGGAAAAUUUGACACAUGA